AUGUCCAGAAACGAAGCUUUAAAGAACUGGUAUGUAGACGAAUUUGAAAAGUUGAUCAACGACGGCUAUAUGACAGAGGUUACAGCUGAGGAGGAUGUGCAGUGGAAAUCUAAUGGAGGCAAAGUCUACUACAUCUGUCAUUUCGCACACUUUAAUGAGCAUAGUUCCUCAACCCAACUCAGAAUCAUAUUUGAUGCAAGUGUUCCAUUUAAAGGCAAGGCUAUAAACUCCUUGUGGGAACCACCACCAAAUUUGAUUCCACCAAUUCCAACCCUGCUGUUAAGGUUCCAGGAAAGAAAAAUAUCGGUUGCAAUGGACAUAAGUAAAGCAUACUUCACUGUUCGCCUUGAGACAGAAGAAUCUCAUCUGCAUCGCCUUUUGUGGAAUCAACUGGACAAGGAUAAAGAAGUCAAGACACUGCGAUUACUACGAAACUCCUGGGGAACUACUCUGGCAGGUGGUAUAUGCAGUGUAGCAAUGCUCAUCAUAGCUGAGAAAUUCAAGGACAAGUACCCACAGGUAUACGAAUUCAUAAAAUCGAACUUGUAUGUUGAUGAUGGUACUACAAGUGUUGAUUAUGUUUCCACGGCAUUACAACUUGCUAAGGAACUCAACAUUGUCCUCAGUGAGGCAUCCUUCAUCAUAAAGCAUUUCAUGAUCGGUGGAAGUGAAAGUGAUAUUGAUGCCCACAUAAAGAAGUGCCCGGAUGUACCUGACAAUGUGCGACGGACACCAGAGCAGGAAAGGAUCCUGGGUAUAAUAUAUCAUUCUACCAACGAUGAAAUUUCCAUUUCAGGUAGGAUUAAAUUCUCAAAGAAAAGGAGAGGCAUUAGAUCAGAGGAAGAUAUCAGUUUAGAAAACUUUGAUGAUGCCUUCCCUGACACUUUCAGUCGAAGAAAUUAUUUACAGAUCAUAGCAACCAUCUAUGAUCCGACGGGACUUGCAACUCCGGUUACCAUCUGCCUGAAGCACAAACUAGGUCAAAUAUUCCGCCUCAAACAGGAAUGGGACGAUCCAAUCCUAGAUGGUAAUGAUGACCUACAUACAACCCGCAGUCGGUGUAAAGAAGUGAUUCAUUCGAUCUAUGGUCUAAAAGAAGUCAGGUUUGUUCGCUGUCUUACACCGGAAACUGCAGUUGACAAACCCACUCUAGUAAUUUUUUGUGAUAGUUCUCAGACUGGCUAUGGAUGUGUCGCGUACUACAACUGGAAGUUGGAAAAUGGCGAGCGAGCAUCUGUUCUUGCCAUGUCAAAGGCAAAACCUUGGCCACAAAUUCCGACGUUAAUGAUCCCCCAUUGUGAGUUACUUGGAUGUCUGCUGGGUGCCAGAAUGCAACAGACUAUAGUAAAAAAAAUUGAGCUUCAUUUUUGA